CAUGCGGUUUUCCACUUGCCGACGAAUUUGGAAAUUCGUGAAGGAACUGCUUAUCAGUGUCCAGAACAGGAAUGGGCAGCACCAACGCAGCCCGAUGAAAACUAUGGCCGUCAAGAAUCAUGUGCUUGGCUACCAAGAGAAAACUUGGAUAGUAUCAAACUUCGCGACUACCUUUCCAUUGCAGUGAGGCGCUUCCGCAUCGGCCAAGACAGGCAGCUGAAAGCACAAAGUAAGGAAGUAGGUCCAAAAAUCGACUCAUCGGAGACGAAGGUAAUGCAAGUUCCCAGUGUACAUGUGGCAACAUUACAGAUAGGCGGUGUGGACUUGGAAAAAGUUGACACCUACGUCUGUCUCGGACAGGAAGAAAAUGGGCUGCGCAAUCUUUCGCUGGAGAUUGCACGUCGAAGGGCUGCCGGUUAA